ACUGGCUGAAAGGAGGUGCUCGAUGGAUCUGCCCGAAUCAGUGUAGGAACGUCAAGUGUGGGGGUUACCAUGCAUCUAGCUGCAUUCGCUCCCAGCCGUGCGUUCACCACCCACCACGCCAGCAGCGCCACAUCUCGUUUCCUUUCUUGUUCACUAGACCAUUUGAUUCCUUCCCUUCUCCUCCUUGUUCCUCCCAAGGACCCAAGGUUUGUAUCUCUGUUUCUAUCUCACUUACGGGAGGUUUUGGCUCGUCCAUCCGAUUUUCUUUGGAAGUGCAUCUUUCGUGGCGCGCCUAAGUACCUUUGAUCAAUUGUAGUAGUUGCAGGGGAAAGCAGAGAGGGGAGACAAAUGGUGAAGAUCUGCUGCAUCGGCGCGGGCUACGUGGGCGGCCCGACGAUGGCGGUGAUCGCGCUCAAGUGCCCGGACGUGGAGGUGGUGGUGGUGGACAUCUCCGAGGCGCGCAUCGCCGGCUGGAACAGCGACCGCCUCCCCAUCUACGAGCCCGGCCUGGACGACGUCGUCAAGCGGUGCCGCGGCCGCAACCUCUUCUUCAGCACCGACGUGGAGCGGUACGUGGGCGAGGCGGACGUCGUCUUCGUCUCCGUCAACACCCCCACCAAGACCCGCGGCCUCGGCGCCGGCAAGGCCGCCGACCUCACCUACUGGGAGAGCGCCGCGCGCAUGAUCGCCGACGUCUCCCGCUCCGACAAGAUCGUGGUCGAGAAGUCCACCGUGCCCGUCAAGACCGCCGAGGCCAUCGAGAAGAUCCUCGCCCACAACGGCCGCGGCGUCCGCUACCAGAUCCUGUCCAACCCGGAGUUCCUCGCCGAGGGCACCGCCGUGCGGGACCUCUUCGCGCCCGACCGCGUCCUCAUCGGCGGCCGGGAGACCCCCGAGGGCCAAGCCGCCGUGAAGGUCCUCAAGGACGUGUACGCGCGCUGGGUCCCCGAGGACCGCAUCAUCACCACCAACCUCUGGUCGGCCGAGCUGUCCAAGCUCGCCGCCAACGCCUUCCUCGCGCAGCGCAUCUCCUCCGUCAACGCCAUCUCCGCGCUCUGCGAGGCCACCGGCGCCGACGUCACCGAGGUGGCCUGCUCCAUCGGCAAGGACUCGCGCAUCGGCCCGCGCUUCCUCUCCGCCAGCGUCGGCUUCGGCGGCUCCUGCUUCCAGAAGGACAUCCUCAACCUCGUCUACAUCUGCGAGUGCUACGGCCUCCCCGAGGUGGCGGACUACUGGCGGCAGGUCAUCGGCAUCAACGACUACCAGAAGAGCCGCUUCGUCAACCGCGUCGUCUCCUCCAUGUUCAACACCGUCGCCGGGAAGAAGGUGGCCGUGCUGGGGUUCGCCUUCAAGAAGGACACCGGCGACACGCGCGAGACGCCGGCCAUCGACGUGUGCCGGGGCCUGCUCGGGGACAAGGCCGUCGUCAGCAUCUACGACCCGCAGGUGACGGAGGAGCAGGUGAGGCGCGACCUCGCCAUGAACAAGUUCGACUGGGACCACCCGCGCCACCUGCAGCCCGUGGGCGAGCCCGCCGAUCAGCCCGUCGCCGUCACGUCGGACGCGUACGAGGCCGCCCACGACGCGCACGCCGUCUGCAUCCUGACCGAGUGGGAGGAGUUCAGGAACCUCGACUACAGGCGCAUGUAUGACCUCAUGCAGAAGCCGGCUUUCGUCUUCGACGGCCGCAACAUCGUCGACCCGGAGAAGCUCCGGGACAUCGGAUUCAUCGUAUACGCCAUUGGCAAGCCGCUUGAUCAGUGGCUCAAGGACAUGCCAGCCGUCGCCUCCUGAAAGGCGAUGCACACUGAUACAUAGCCGCGCGUCGGCGAGCGCUCUUCUUCUCGAUUAAUACAGAGUUUUGUAGCCCUCGUAAGCCUUGUCAAAAGGUGUAGAAUACUAGCUUUGCUAUUGAGUUGUAUAUAUAAGAUUCUUUAUAUAUCCGGGAACUAAGCCUGGCUCAGCCGGUUAGAUUCUUUGCGUGUUUCUAAAGGAAAGCUUUUAUAUCUAA